AUGCGUUUCAAUAGCAACCUCUUCUUGCUCGCCUCCCUCUUCGGCGUCGGAACCGCCCUCCGCCGAAGCUGCAAACCCGACGACACCGACCCCGACAACUCCGGCAACGGUUGGUAUACCGUCACGCGUGACGACAACCUACAAAAAGUCGCGUUAGAUUUUUGCAGUAAGGGAACAGAUUUGGCAAAGUUGAACGUUGGCACCCCCUUCUAUGACGGAAAUAUUUACACAGUUCCUUGCAAAAUACGACGACGCGAUUGCGCUAGGAUCCCGGGCAGUGAUUAUGGGUAUUACACGGUCGUUGAUGGCGACCUGUUCAACGCCAUUGCGAGUGAUUUCUGCGCCGACACUACUAGUUUAAAAUCGUUGAACCCCGACACUGUCAAGAAGGACAACUCAAUUACCCCCGGCUCUAUCCUCCGGGUUCCUUGCGGUUGGAAUUAG